ACAAUGAUCUUCAAAUGGGCGACUGCACACCUUAAAUGUUGCCCUUUUUGUGAUUAAAUUCCAAUUUGGGAUGCCUUGGAAACCUACUCUCUUGUUCUGAAAAAACCGAACGUCACCAUCGAACAGAAGGCUCCACUCCGUUCCACUGAUCGCGUCGUUUUUGCCAACUUGACUGUGAUCUGCUCCGGCAAAGAGAGUGGUUUUCGCUACCCAGGUGUCUCCGGAUUCUCUUCGGCAAAACCAAAACAAACAGGGUCAUCAUUAUUCUGGAUACUGACUGUCUCCUCCUUAUCCAGAGAAGACGAAGGAUUUUUAAUCCCCAGCAGUCAUCAGCAAUUCCUUCUUGGACGCUUUUCAGUGGAUUUCUCUGGUUUUCUGUGAUGUAAUGCCAGCGUGGGACGAUCAUGAUGAUGAUGAUGCCCAGCAACCGAGGUUGAGGUCUUGACUUGACAAUGAAGCUCCCACGAAAGUGACCUUUGUGGAGUUGGCAGCCCAACGGGCGCUCAGUGGCGUAAUGGCAUCUAGCGAGAGACUGUACGAGGUUUGGAUGCUUUACUGUACCAAGAGAGACCCAGACUACUUGAAGCUAUGGCUCGAGAGUUUCAUCAGCUCCUAUGAGAGAUGUCUGGAUGUGGACUUUGAAAAGCCACCAUUAAGGCUGGAGGAGCCCCCGCCAGUACUGAGUCUUCUGCCAGACAACAUCUUACAGGUUUUGCGCCACCAGCUUCUGCAAUGCGUCCAAAAAGCCUCUGAUGGUCUGGAGCCUGAGCAGCAAAACUUGGCACUACUUCUGCUCAAGUUCCUCAUCAUUGUCUGCAGGAACCUGUCCAAUGUGGAGGAGAUAGGCACCUGCUCCUACAUCAACCACAUCAUUGCCAUGACAACACUUUACAUUCAGCAGCUGAAGAGCAAUACCAAAGAGAAAGAGUUGGUGGACCAAAGCCAGGCAGAGGAGUUUGUACGUCAUGCACUGGCAUUCUGCGAGAGCCUCUAUGACCCUUAUUGCAAUUGGAGGCAUCGAACCUGCGGGAACCAGCUGGGCACAGUCGAGAGAAGCAGGCAGAAGUACAAAGCAGCUCCACUUACUGUGGAAUUUGUCCCCUUCUUUUACCAGUGCUUUCAAGAAAGUGAACACCUUAAGGAAAGCUUAAAAUGCUGUCUGCUGCACCUAUUUGGUGCCAUAGUAGCUGGUGACCAGAAGAACGCACUGCUUGCUGUCUCUCCGGCCACCAUGGAGGUUUUGAUUCGGGUGCUGGUGGAUUGCUCCAUGGGUAGCUGUUCCUCAGACGAAGGAGAGGACUGGGACAGUGAGGCCCCUGAUCGGAAGGCAUGUCUGACUUUGGGAUGUUUGAGGGUGGUGGUGCAGUGUCUCCUGGCCGCCAGCUCAGACCAGCGGCAAGUAGAAAUUGCCUCUGUGCUCGAAAACUACUUCAAGCUGCUCAACUCGGACCCAGCAGCUGUGGUUGCCGCUCGACAGCAGCAGCAGCAGCAGCAAGCCAAAGGUCGAGUGCCAACACUAGGCAGGCACUGGGAAAGCCGCUUUGUGGCACUGCAAGUGCACAUGCUAGACACAAUGAGGGACAUGUUCCUUUGUUCAGACAGGCCAGUUCUACAAGCCAUCUUCCUCAACAGUAACUGCUUUGAGCAUCUGAUACGACUGCUCCAAAAUAGCAAGCUGGUUAACGCUAGGUGCACGGCGGCAGACAAGGACCAGAAAGAUAUAACCAACAACAGGUUACUGUCAGGAGAGAGAGACACUCAGGUGAUACAAGGACGGUUAGACUCCCUUGCUGUAGCAACUAUUAAAGCCCUAACCACAGUGAUGCAUAGAUCACCAGCUGCAAAGGAGGUGUUCAAAGAAAGAAUUGGUUAUAAUCACUUGUACGAAGUCCUCGUUUCACUUGGCCAGCCAUCUCGACACCUCCUUAAAGAGAUGAUGAACAUGGCAGUGGAAGGUGAGCACACAUCAGUGGGAAUCUUGGGAAUCAGCAAUGUGGAGCCUUUACUCCUGCUCAUCCAGUGGCUGCCAGAUUUGGACUCAUCAGAGUUACAGAUUUUUGCUGCCGAUUGGCUCUGUCGGCUCAUCUGCCUCAAUCGGCAAACACGUACCACCUGUGUCAAUGCUGCCAUGGUCUUGAGAGCACUGGCUGUCCUUGAGUGCCACCGGCAGCUACACCGAGUUUGUGCAGAGAGCCUUUUGCGAUUGGUGGGAUCCCUUGGCUCCCUGUCCCUGAGUGCCAGGGAUCUCCUGAGGCUCCUGCACCUGCUCAGACCACCAGAAUCCAACCAAGCUCAUCCCUAUGUGGGACCUGCUCUGAAAGCUCUCCUUGUCAUGGUACGUAAACAGGGUCUGGAGAGCGCAAUGCAGUACUUUGAUCUGUCGCCCAGUAUGGCUGGCAUUGUAGUUCCAACAGUACAGCGCUGGCCAGGCUCUGCCUUCAGCUUCCUAGCCUGGUUGUCCCUGGACCAGGAUCAAUUGGGUCCAGUCAGCAAGGACAAGAGAAAGCAGCUCUACAGCUUUUUUACCUCGGGUGGCACGGGGUUUGAGGCCUUUAUUAGCUCUGCGGGUGUACUGGUGGUGGCUGUUUGCACAAAAAAGGAAUACGUCACAGUCAUGCUGCCCGACAACUGCUUCUGUGACUCCCUCUGGCACAGCAUUGGUGUGGUGCAUGUACCUGGAAAGAGGCCAUUUGGACAGAGCCUCGUCUACAUUUAUGUGGAUGGACAGCAGAAGCUAUCUGCCCCCCUCAAGUACCCCACCAUGACUGAGCCAUUUACCUCCUGUUGCAUUGGCUCAGCGGGCCACCGGACCACAACUCCGCCACCCUCCCAGAUCCCAGACCCCCCCAUUUCCUCAGCCACCUCACCCAGCACACGUUCCUCAUUGGGUAGCAUCCUUUCGCCGCACACUUGGGGCGGACUACUGAGCGGAAAGCCUGAGUCUGUGACAAAGCUCAUUUCAGCAGGGACCCAGGACAGUGAGUGGGGAAGCCCCACAUCUUUGCAGGGUCAGCUGGCGAGUGUCAUGGUGUUCCACGAAGCCCUGCAACCCAACCACAUUAAAAUCCUCUGUAGUGCUGGUCCAAACUGUGUGUCUCCUUUAAAAGCCCAGGAGUCAGAACUUGGUGACCUUUCAAGUAAACUGCUGCUGCAUUACUCGCCAAAGGCAUGUCAAAACCCAAUCUGCCUCGAUCUUUCCCCCAACAAACUACAAGGACGCCUGACUGGGAAGAAAGUUGUUAACUGGGACGUCAAGGAUAUGAUCAAUUGCGUAGGCGGGCUGCAAGUGCUGUUUCCUAUACUAGAGCAGCUGGCUCUAAUGACCCCUGAUCAACAGAAUAGUGAUGCUUCAACUGGGUCAGACUUCAUCACCCCAGAUGUUACCACUCCUGCUGAUGGAGAAUGGGUCAUUCUCCCAUCAAAUAGGGCUUCAGAAGCACGCCUGGAGAAGAAUCUGGUGGCUACUUUACUGUUGGUGCUGAAGCAUUUUCUACAGAGGCAUGCUAUAAACCAGGAGAAUCUGCUCCACUCGCAUGGUGUUGCUACUCUAGGAGCCCUACUGCAGAAGCUUCCAGCAGGACACAUUGAUGUCAAUGUGCUCGUAGCUAUGCAGCUGCUGAUAGAGCAGGUGACGUACGAGAAGAACCAGGGCCUGCUGCAGCAACUUCACACACAUCUACUGUUCAACUUCAACAUCUGGAACAAAGGGGACUUCCCUUUACGUAUAGGUCAUAUACAGUAUAUGACCACUGUCAUCAAAGACAACAGGAAGCAGUUCCGUAAAAAAUAUGGAGUCCGAUUCCUUUUGGACAACAUACGCCUCUAUUAUGGGAAAAACAGUAAUAAAGAGAGUGACCUGAGUGAGGAUGACAUUCUGAACAUCCGUAUGUCGCUCUACGACCUCAUCAAAUACUACAUCAGCAAGGGCAUGUCACAGGAAGAGAUGCACAGCAUUAUUGGAUACAUUGCUGCCAUUGGGGAUGAAGAUCAGAUUUGUGGGCUAUUAGAGAUGUUACUCAGCCUCCUUCAGAGCAGUCCAUCCAGGGAUCAGCUCUUUCUGCUCCUCUUUGAGCCUGGAGCAGCUGACUCUUGCUAUGCGCUUCUGCUCAACAAUAAAUACUCAGACCGCCUUCGAGAACUUGUCUUCAAGCUGUUUGAGCGCAUGUUACGAUGUGAUCGCAUCUAUGAGAAAAACAAGCAGCGUUUGAGGCUGAGGGAGGCGGGUUACAACGGCCUGUCACUGCUCUUCUCCGAUCUUCACAUCACACCGAAUCUCAUUCGUUGUCUCCUCAAUCAGGUCCUGCACACAGAUCAAGUGGUCAACUACAAGGAUCUGAUGGCACUAGUUCAGCUCACUCAUCGAACUGGACCCAGCAUUCGGCUCAUUGUCUGCAAGAGGGUGUACCAACUCCUCCAGUCCCAACAAGAUGCUGCUUGCCACAUUUCGAGGCACCAGUGUUGGCAGGAUACCCUUGCACGACUGUACAUGCGAGGUGAAGGCUCAUUGCCAUCGCGAAGUGCAGACACAGUCAGCACCUGCAGCCUGGACUUGAACCAACCCAGUGGAGCCAAUAGUAACCGCCUGGAACUGCCGCUACACCGUAGAACAAGGGCAAGCAGUGCUGGCCGCUUGGAUCGCAUAGAGAAUGACUGGCAAAGCAUGGGUGACACUCGCUCAGUAGACAGCAUGGAGAACAGCGAUGUCAUCUCACUACUGGACACUCCGUCAUCUUCCGCUUCGGCUGAGCCACAACCACAAGUCAAGCCUUGGCUCGUGGGAAAAUCUGGUGGCUUGACACUUGACCUGUCUCACCUCCAGACCUACGAGGGCUUAGAGAGUGGCAGCCAGACACCUGGCAGUAUGCCGAGCACACCCUCUCCAGUAGAAGCACCAAAGCCCUUUCCAGGCAACUCUGGAAGUAUAGAUCACACAGCCCCAUUGACUGAAGACACCUUCCUCUUCAAUGACAACGUCUCCCUGGGGGAGUCCUUUAAUAAUACUGAGCGGGCUGAGGAAGAAUUGUGCAGUAUGUUGCUGGAGAUUCUGCUGUGUGUGAUGUGGCGUGGAGUUGAAGGUUCUGAUGACUCAGCGUGGCUGGAGCGUGGCCAGGUUUUUUCAGCACUCACCAAAUUGGGAACAGCCAAUGAGCUGCUACUUCCUGUUGACCAAAUCAAACUCAGUCUCAUGGAACGUAUGUUGGAAUUGGCCGUGAUUGACAACCGUGAGGCAUCUGCUGCCACAUUGCCUCAACACACUGAGAACGCGGUCCGUCUACUUCACGUGGUACAAGAUUUCUUGCAAGCAGAGGGCCUGGUCAACCCGGCACUCUGGACAGAGAAGGUGCUGGAGGAGACUGUGACACUGAUGGACUGUCUCAUGGUGUGGUAUUCUGCUGGCACCCAGUGGUUCGAGCUUUCCCAAGUUGGACUGAGAUUGUUGCUCGGCUUCAUGGCACAAGAGGACCCAGAGGUGUGUGCAGUAGCCACUGCUAAACUCAAUUUUAUUCUACAAAUGAAGGAAGUGUCCAGCCAGGAUGAGGCCUGCUACUUGCUCGGCAAGGUUGAGUGCAUCCUGCGGCGCUCUGUCCAGGAGAACACAGAGGAAACAUACUCAUUCCUGGUUCCUCUGUUGCGAACACUCCUCUCCAAAGUUCACCGUCUCCUCUAUAUGGAGCUGCAUUUGCCCCAACUGCCUGAUACCAAUGGCAGCCCAUCUUUUUUCGAGGAUUUUCAAGUAUACUGCAACUCACCCGAAUGGCGUGUCUAUCUGGACAAAUAUAUCAUUCCAUACAUGAAGCAGUAUGAACUUGAGACCUUCAGUCAGGGCCAUGAGAGUAUGGCACUUUACUGGAAGGAGUGCUAUGAGGCCUUCAUGGUCAGCCUGCAUAGGAGAGAGCGAGAUAGAGGGGAGAGCAAGAUGUGCUUCCAGGAACAAUUUGUUGAGCCAUUCUCUCGCCAAAGUCGUCAGGAGAACCUGAGGUACAACAGCAUGUUAAAGCAACAACAUAGCCAGAACAGCGCCUCUCUCAGGCAGUGGAAGGCUGCUCGGCGGGGCCUUGUGUGUGAGAGGGGGCCUUGGGCUGAAAGGCAGCCAAAGAAGAUGCACUGGAAGCUGUCCAGCGCAGAGAACUUUUCCCGCAUGAGACUGAAGUUGAUCCGGAAUUUCAACUUUGACCUUUAUAGGGAGGCCAGUGCCCUGCGAGACAACCUUGGUGUUCAUCAGCAAUUUGUCAACCCGGAAUCUCUGCUGCUGGAGGCUGUGAAGCAGGUGAAAGUCACCAACCUGGAAGAUGACAUCUUGGAGCUGCCAGAGGAUGACCUGGCAGCAGCAAAUAUCCAGAUUGAAGCAGAGGAGGCAGGUCAAAAGGAGAAACUGAUUCUGUCAGAAGACUGUCAGUUGGUGACGGUGGUUGAUGUGGUACCUGGCCGCCUGGAACUCACUACCCAGCACAUCUAUUUCUACGACAGCAGCCAAGAGAAAGACGAAGGUGUGGGCCAUGACUUUAAAUGGCCCUUGAAUCAGAUUCGUGAGGUCCAUCUCCGGCGAUACAACCUGCGACGCUCCGCUCUGGAGAUCUUCCUUAUUGACCAAACCAACUACUUUCUCAACUUCAAGAAAGAGGCAAGAAAUAAGGUGUAUGACCGCAUGCUGCUACUGCGAUCCCUCAGUCUGUAUGGAACACGUUCUCCACAAGAGCUCCUUAAAGCCUCCGGAUUAACGCAGAAAUGGGUCAACCGGGAGAUUUCCAACUUUGACUACCUGAUGCAACUCAACACAAUUGCUGGCAGAACAUACAACGACCUGGCGCAGUAUCCAGUGUUUCCCUGGGUUCUGGCAGACUACACCUCCAAAGAUCUGGACCUUUCAGACCCCAUGGUAUUCAGGGAUUUGUCAAAGCCGGUGGCAGUACAGAACAACGACAAUGCUAAAGCUGUUCGAGAAAAGUAUGAAAGUUUUGAGGACCCAACAGGAACUGUUGACAAGUUUCAUUAUGGGACCCACUAUUCGAGUGCAGCUGGCGUGAUGCACUAUCUGAUCAGAGUUGAGCCCUUCACCUCCCUACACAUCCAGCUGCAGAGUGGACGGUUUGACUGUGCCGACCGCCAGUUCCACUCCAUUCCGGCAACCUGGCUGACUCUCAUGGACAAUCCCAAUGACGUCAAGGAGCUCAUACCUGAGUUCUUUUACUUCCCAGAGUUUCUUGAGAACCACAAUGACUUUGACCUUGGUCGCCGGCAGAUAACCAAAGAAAAAGUAAAUGAUGUGAUUCUGCCCAAAUGGGCCAAGUCCCCUGAGGACUUUAUCUAUAAACACCGCAAAGCCCUGGAGUCUGAAUAUGUGUCCGCACACCUUAAUGAGUGGAUCGAUCUGAUCUUCGGUUACAAACAGAGGGGUCCCGCCGCAGUGGAAGCCCUCAAUGUUUUCUACUACUGCACAUAUGAGGGAGCAGUAGACCUUGAUGCCAUCACUGAUGAAAAGGAACGCAAGGCCCUGGAAGGCAUGAUCAGUAACUUUGGGCAGACACCCUGCCAGCUACUCAAGGAGCCACAUCCAAUUCGUCUUUCUCAGGAGGAAGUGGAGAAGAGGAAGGCUCUCCUGGACUCAUGUCCUCUGAUCAUGUUUGAACACCUCAGCACCCUUAAGUCCUUCUUUGUGGAGGGCAUCAGUGACAACGUUCCACUGAUCAAAGCUAUUGUUCCAAAGAAUCAGUCCCACUCCUUCAUCAGUCAAGGGAGUCCAGACACAAUGGUGACAGUCAGUCAAAACUGUCUGUUUGGGACGCAUGGGUGGCUACCUUACAACAAGAAUAUCUCCAACUACUUCACCUUCAUUAAGGACCCCACUGUGUCCCAUACCAAGACCCAGCGUUUUCUGCCGGGACCCUUCGCUCCCGGUGUGGAGGUAACAACGAGGCUGUUUGUGAUCUCUCACGAUGGAAAGUUGCUCUUUAGUGGAGGCCACUGGGACAACAGCCUCCGAGUCACCUCACUUGUCAAGGGCAAGACUGUCGGGCAGCACAUCCGGCACAUGGAUAUUGUAACCUGCUUGUCAACAGACCAUUGCGGCAUCCACCUGAUUUCCGGUUCCAGAGACACCACCUGCAUGGUGUGGCAGGUUCUACAGCAGGGCGGUGCUCCAGUAGGUCUGCAUCCUAAACCUGUUCAGGUGCUAUAUGGCCACACAGAUGAGGUGGUCAGUGUUUGCAUCAGCACAGAGCUGGACAUGGCUGUGUCUGGAGCACGGGAUGGGGUAGUGAUCAUCCAUACAGUGCGCAGAGGUCAGUAUGUGCGUUGCUUGCGACCGCCAUGCGACAGCUCCUUGCCCCUGUCUGUCCUCCAUUUGGCUGUGUCCUGGGAGGGUCAUCUGCUGGUCCACACCUGCUUGGAGGGCAAAGCAACACUAAAAGAUAAAAACGCCCUCCACCUUUACUCUGUCAAUGGGAAGCACCUUUGCAGUGAACCUCUGAAGGAUCAGAUGACCGACAUGUGCGUUUCCAGGGAGUUUGUUGUUACUGGCAGUGAGCAAGGCUACUUGUCCAUUCGAGACCUCUACAGUCUGUCGCUAUGUGCGGAGCCCAUGGCCAUGCGUGUGCCUGUGCGCUGUGUAUCCGUCACCAAGGAGCAGAGUCACAUCCUGGUGGGCCUCCACGAUGGCAAGCUGAUCAUCGUGGGCGUGGGCAAGCCAGCCGAGCUGCGUUCAGGCCACAUCACGCGGAAGCUGUGGGGCUCCACCAAGAGGCUGACCAGGAUCUCCUCAGGGGAAUCGGACGUCAUCAUCUAGCAUGAGCACCAUCCCUGCCCUUCCUUUGCUCAAUCCCUAAACGAACCCCCGCUGCUGCCCCCCGCCUCCUAUGGUCACCCUCCAUUCGUGUCACACGCCGCACCUCCAUUCAUGUCAACUUGCCUCAUUCUGUCACAUCCAAGUGAAAUGUGCUCCAAUUUUCUUUCCUGUGGUUUGACCAAAUGGCGCUGGCGCCGCGGUUCAGAUCCAGAGGCAGCUUAAGCUUUCAGUAUCAGCCCACCACCUCUUCAUAUUGUUUUUGUUUGUGUCUUUAUAUUUUCAAGUGACCUUCCUUUAGUUUGCCUUUGGUGCAGAGAGGCCGGAUGUUUCCUCAAAGCUGCCACUCAGCAGUCCUAUGUUGCGAGACAGCUCACAUAGAAGAUCAAAAUUCUCUGCCAUUCGAUUUGUCGUAUCGUCUUUUUCGUUGAGCUUCUUGUUUUCCAGCAAAUGCACGUAUGCACCCUGUAGCCGGUAUUAGCUCAUGUGAAAUGGCGUUUUAGAUUGUGAAUUGUCACAUAGCCAUUGAAUCAUUGCGUGGCGCUGUCAUGGCAGGAGAUGAGACUUGUAGAGAUAACACAAGCAGUCUGUUUGGUGAAUGUUUUUGAGUUACUAAGAUACGUUUUACUUAUAGGAAAAGUAGCAUUUUGUAAGCUCUCUUUGUUGUUUCUGACACAGUUUAGGAAUUCUCCAAGGGCUCCGCCAGAUGGUAAUAGCAAUACUGUGUUGGGUGCUUUUGUCGCCAUGCAUCAUUUCAACUGCAUACUCCUUUUGUCUUCCUGCAGCCACUCUCUUACCCCGACUGUUAGCCGUCAUUGUUGCUUCCAAAA